UAAAUCCUCCUCCAUGCAUCAUGUGUGCUGCUCUUCACUUCACUGCAGCUUCAUGACGCCAUCUAGUGGACUGAUAGUAGAAGUACAGCAGCUGAUGGCAGCUUUCUCUGCGUCACACUGCUGUCUGGCUGCAUUCACACUGAUAUAUAACAGAAAAUAACAGCCAAUCACAGGAGGAGCAGCUGAUAUUUUAGAUUUGACAGGAGAAAUGAUGUAAAGGAUGAUUUGUGUUUCCUCUCCAGAUGAAGGUAGAAAGUGUGUGUGACUGAUGUGGAUGUGACUUCAGCAGCAUGGAUCAGUGUGAGGACAGAGAGGAGGGAGUCCCUCCCUCUAAAAGCUCUAUGUGUGGGGAACAUGACAGCCAGACCAAAGCUCAGAGAACAAGGAGACAGCAUAGACCAGACCCUCCUGAACCUGAACCUGAACCUGAACCCAGCUGUGUGUCCUUGAAGAGCGACAAAUCGAUGCAUUCACCGUUAGCCUUCAAAAAUCAACAUUCUUCACAGAAAGAGAGGAAGCUGGACAAACCUGAACCCAGCUGUGUGUCCUUCAAGAGCGACGAGUCAAUACAUUCACCAUUACUCUUCAAAAAUCAACAUUCUUCUCAGAAAAAAGUGGACCAGGAGAGCUCAGAGGUUCCCAGUGGUCAGUCUGCCCAGCAGCAUCAAACACACCUGGACUCCAUAUUUAUGCUGCUGGAGGAAAACAUUGUCACUUUUGUGAAGAAUGAGCUGAAGAAGAUGCAGAAGGUUCUGCAUUCAGAUUACCCAGAAAGCUUAGAGAGUCAGAGGGAGGAUGAGGAGGUGUUGGAUGGUGAGGAGGAAAAGCAGAGGAGGAGCAGCAGAGAGGCAUUUCUGAAGAUCACACUGCACUUCCUGAGGAGAAUGAAGCAGGAGGAGCUGGCUGACCGUCUGCAGAGCAAAACUCCUGUUUCAAUUGGUCAACGUGAACUCAAGUCUAACCUGAAGAAGAAGUUCCAGUGUGUGUUUGAGGGGAUUGGUAAAGCAGGAAACCCAACCCUUCUGAAUCAGAUCUACACAGAGCUCUACAUCACAGAGGGAGGGACUGCAGAGGUCAAUGAUGAACAUGAGGUCAGACAGAUUGAAACAUCAUCCAGGAAACCAGACAAACCAGAAACAGCAAUCAGAAAAGAAGACAUCUUUAAAGCCUCACCUGGAAGAGAUGAACCAAUCAGAACAGUGAUAACAAAGGGAGUGGCUGGCAUUGGGAAAACAGUCUUAACACAGAAGUUCACCCUGGACUGGGCUGAAGACAAAGCCAACCAGGACAUACAGUUCACAUUUCCAUUCACUUUCAGAGAGCUAAAUGUGCUGAAAGAGAAAAAGUACAGCUUGGUGGAACUUGUUCAUCACUUCUUUACUGAAACCAAAGAAGCAGGAAUCUGCAGGUUUGAAGAGUUCCAGGUUGUGUUCAUCUUUGAUGGUCUGGAUGAGUGUCGACUUCCUCUGGACUUCCACAACAAUGAGAUCCUGACUGAUGUCACAGAGUCCACUUCAGUGGAUGUGCUGCUGACAAACCUCAUCAGGGGAAAACUGCUUCCCUCUGCUCGCCUCUGGAUAACCACACGACCUGCAGCAGCCAAUCAAAUCCCUCCUGAGUGUGUUGGCAUGGUGACAGAGGUCAGAGGGUUCACUGACCCACAGAAGGAGGAGUACUUCAGGAAGCGAUACAGAAAUGAGGAGCAGGCCAGCACCAUCAUCUCCCACAUCAAGAAAUCACGAAGCCUCCACAUCAUGUGCUACAUCCCAGUCUUCUGCUGGAUCACUACUACAGUUCUGGAGGAUGUGUUGAAAAGCAGAGAGGGAGGAGUGCUGCCCAAGACCCUGACUGAGAUGUACAUCCACUUCCUGGUGGUUCAGGCCAAACUUAAGAAUGUUAAGUAUGAUGGAGGAGCUGAGACAGAUCCACACUGGAGUCCAGAGAGCAGAAAGAUGGUUGAGUCUCUGGGAAAACUGGCUUUUGAGCAGCUGCAGAAAGGCAAUCUGAUCUUCUAUGAAUCAGACCUGACAGAGUGUGGCAUUGAUAUCAGACAAGCCUCAGUGUACUCAGGAGUGUUCACACAGGUCUUUAAAGAGGAGAGAGGGCUGUACCAGGACAAGGUGUUCUGCUUUGUCCAUCUGAGUGUUCAGGAGUUUCUGGCUGCUCUUCAUGUCCAUCUGACAUUCAUCAACUCUGGAGUCAAUCUGCUGGCAGAAGAACAAACAACAUCCCAGAGGUCUGAAACUAGACAAGAAUCUGCAGCGACAUGUUUCUACCAGAGUGCUGUGAAUGAGGCCUUACAGAGUCCAAAUGGACACCUGGACUUGUUCCUCCGCUUCCUCCUGGGUCUUUCUCUGCAGACCAAUCAGACUCUCUUACAAGGCCUGCUGACACAGGCAGAAAACAACUCACACACAGAUCAGGAAACAGUCGAAUACAUCAAGAAGAAGAUCAGUGAGAAUCUGUCUGCAGAGAGAAGCAUCAAUCUGUUCCACUCUCUGAAUGAACUGAAUGAUCAUUCUUUAGUGGAGGAGAUCCAACAGUACCUGAGAUCAGGAAGUCUCUCCACAGAUAAACUGUCUCCUGCUCAGUGGUCAGCCCUGGUCUUCAUCUUACUGUCAUCAGAAAAAGAUCUGGACGUGUUUGACCUGAAGAAAUACUCUGCUUCAGAGGAGGCUCUUCUGAGGCUGCUACCAGUGGUCAAAGCCUCCAACAAAGCUUUGCUGACUGACUGUAACCUCUCAGAGAGAAGCUGUGUGGCUCUGUCCUCAGUUCUCAGGUCACAGUCUUCUAGUCUGAGAGAGCUUGAUCUGAGUAAUAACAACCUGCAAGAUUCAGGAGUUAAGCUACUGUCUGCUGGACUGGAGAGUCCACACUGUACACUGGAAACUCUCAGCCUGUCAGGAUGUCUGAUCACAGAGGAAGGCUGUGUUUCUCUGGCCUCAGCUCUGAGCUCCAACCCCUCCCAUCUGAGAGAGCUGGACUUGAGCUACAAUCAUCCAGGAGCCUCAGGAGAGGAGCUGGUGUCUGCUGGACUGGAGGAUCCACACUGGAGACUGGACAUUCUCAGGCUGCAGCCUGCUGAAGUCCGAUGGUUGACACCAGGUCUGAGGAAGUAUUCCUGUGAACUCACACUGGAUCCAAACACAGCACACACAAAACUCAAACUGUCUGACAACAACAUGAAGGUGACACGUGUGGAGGAGGAUCAGUCAUAUCCUGAUCAUCCAGACAGAUUUAACUGCAGGCCUCAGCUGCUGUGUAGAAAUGUUUUGACUGGUCGCUGUUAUUGGGAAGUUGAGUGGAGAGGAUGGGUUUAUAUAUCAGUGUGUUACAGAGGAAUCAACAGGAGAGGAUACAGUUAUGACUGUGGAUUUGGAGGGAAUGAUCAGUCCUGGAGUCUGAUCUGCCAUGAUAAUGGUUACUCUGUCCGUCACAAUAACAGGGAAACAGUCAUCUCCUCCUCCUCCUCCUCCUCUGUCUCUAACAGAAUAGCAGUGUAUGUGGACUGUCCAACUGGCACUCUGUCCUUCUACAGAGUCUCCUCUGACACACUGAUCCACCUCCACACCUUCAACACCACAUUCACUCAGCCUCUGUAUGCUGGGUUUGGGUUUGGGCUGUGGUCACACGGCUGGCCUGGUUCCUCAGUGACUCUGUGUUCUCUGGAGGAGGGAGAGUCUCCUCCUCUUAAAGAAACCGUCUAAUGUUAUUUAGUACCAACCUGAUCUCUCACUAGUUGUAAAUGGACUCUCCAAACCCAACAUGGUUUCCAUGUGACUGACAGUUUUUUUCAGUCAUAUACAAUAUGUAUUGUUAUUUAGUCUAUACAUACACAUAUAUACUGUACAUAACAGUAUGCAAUAUCAACAGUUUGUAUCAGCAGAAUAAAUGAACGAAACUAAGACUCAUCAGAUGAUCAUGUAACCACAAUGUUCAUCAUGAUGGAUUAUCAUUAUAUCAAACUGAUCAUAUCAAUAUUUAUUACAUCGUAUUUUAGCAUUGUUUUAAUUUCUGAACUGUACCACACAUUGUUGCUGUCUGUCUGUGAAUAAAGAUUUUAUUUUUUUCGCUCAUCAUUAUUAUUUAUGAUAUUGAUUCUGCUAAUAUCCAUAUUGAUCCAGACAGAAAUGAUCAGAACAAUGUCCUAUGACAUUAUGUACAGGAUUUGAAAGUUUGUUGACUUUGGCUCUAUCUGGUGUGAGGAUAAAGAACGACAGUGAGCUAACAGCCUCCAUAUGUUUGAAAUAUGGCUGAAAUAUCUUCACUCUGCUUCUCUGUCCCUCUUUAUAUUUUUAAUAACAGAAUGUUUGACUUUAAUUUGACUUCCAUGUUAAAGUUAAAGUGAGGGUGGACGCUUAAAA